GGGAGAGGAGAGGGGAGGGAGCAGGUCCAAGCCCAGCUUGAGCACCCAGCCAGCGCUGAGCAGUGCCUGUGCCAAGAGCCAGCUUUCUUAAAGUCAUGGGCCCCGGGGGCCGGCUUUUCAGGCGGAGGGGAGCCCGGGAGCAGGGGCUGGGAAGCUCAGAGGGGAGCCCUCAGCCUCCGGGGUCGCCAUGGACAUAAUUUACCUGUGCACACCCCUGGCCUUCCUUCUUCUCCCUUUUGUUGUGCUUGGGGCACCCACUGAUGAACCCAACCUCACAGAACCAGCCCCUGGUCCUUGCAAGCGCUGUUGUGACCCACUGGACUCUCCCACAGAUGCCCCAUCGCUCCCCCCCAGACACCACCACUUGCCCUACCCAAUGCCGGAGGUCCGUCCCUAUAUCAACAUCACUAUACUGAAGGGAGAGAAGGGAGACCGGGGAGAGCCUGGGAUGCCAGGGAAAUGGGGCAAAGAAGGACCACGAGGCGAGCGAGGUGCCCAGGGCCAGAAAGGCAGUAAAGGACAGAUGGGCACAGCGGGAGACCCCUGCAAGCAUCAGUACGCUGCGUUCUCCGUUGGUCGCAAGAAAGCGCUGCACAGCAGCGAGGGCUUCCAGGUCUUGAUCUUCGACACCGUCUUCGUCAACCUCUACAGCCACUUUGACAUGUUCAACGGCAAAUUCUACUGCUAUGUAGGUGGACUUUACUAUUUCAGCCUCAACGUCCAUACCUGGAACUUCAAGGAGACCUACAUGCACAUCAUGCACAAUGAGGAAGAGGCAGUCAUCUUGUAUGCCCAACCCAGUGACCGCAGCAUCAUGCAGAGCCAGAGCCUUAUGCUGGAGCUUCAGGAAAAUGAUGAGAUCUGGGUGAGGCUCUACAAACGGGAGCGGGAGAAUGCCAUUUAUAGUGAUGAUGUUGACGUGUACAUUACCUUCAGUGGGUACCUGGUCAAGCCCAGCCUUGACUAACUGCCUCUCCUCCUCCUUGGGGGCCUCUUUGGCCUUUUCCUUCUUCCUCUCUCUCUCUCUCUUUACUGCCCGCAACCACUGCAAAUCACUUGGAAAUGGGCCUGUCAAGUCUCAGGCACUGAGUGUGAAACUUGCCGCACUGGCUCCCACCUCACGCUCUCUUGUAGCCAGGCCUGUAUCUGUCCACAUAUAACGUGACACUACCAUCUUUUGCCCCCUCACCUCAUGACUCCAACUUAGGUUAUUGGCUUCUUCUAAAUAUGCCAGUGAGCUGUAUCUGGCAUUUAGGGUCCUAGAACAGCAGGAAAGUUUUAAUCCCGCUCCUGGGGAUGUGUCCCUCUUGGGGCUUCAUGUUCAAAAGACUCCUGUAGAAGGGGCUAGAAAGUCCCCACUGCCCAGGCGCAUUCUGGCUCCUCUCUGUCCCAGCUAGACAUGCCAGUUUUGCAGCCUGCAGCGUGGCCUUAAUGUCACCUCUCAUGCCUGUAGUCUGGAGAGCGGACUGGUGUCCAAUGGCCUCCUGUAACACAAAGAAGAUGUAGGAGCAGUGAGAGAUGAUACUGUCUUUCCAGAAAGGGGACUGUUGGCUUUCUGAGGUAUGUAAUUAGCUUCCCUUAGACACCCUUCUGGGUGGCAGGGUCCAGGCUGGUUGUAAAAUCUAGGCCUGGUGGGAUUAUCCUCCGCUGUGCUAGCUCUAGCUCUUCAAAGAGAUGGAGGGCCAGACAGUCAGCCAGACCCUUCAGGGACAUCUGCCAUUGAAUCUGUAGAGCCCACCACUCUAUUCCCACUAGGGAUCAUAAAUACCAAAUGAGGGAGACAGACAACCCUAUGAAACCUCCCUCUCAAACCUCCUCUUUGGUGCUACUCAGUCUUGGUUCUUCAGCUGUGGAAAGCUCGUCCAGACAGCAAACCAAAAUCUGCUCUCUUCUUUGGCAGAGGUGCACCCAUGCCCUUCCAUUGGUAUCAGCAGUCAUUCCUAACACUUGCUGAUGUUAGGAGAGUCAGGCCCUGGCUGCUGCAUGCCAUUACGUUGUCCUCCUAAAGGUAGUUCUCCCACAUUGAUACCGAGGGACCUGAGUUGGAGGCUGUAAGGGAAACGGCACUUAAAUCAGUCCCAAACCCGGGCAGCAGGUUGGCACCUCUUUGCUUUAAUGAUGGAAAAAAGAUAGAGGUGAAACUACAGCACCUCACCCCAGGGUUACAAGCUUCCCUGCCACAUGUUCUGUGCCCUUUUCUGGCAAUCUCAUCAGAGCAACUGAGAAAAGCAUAUGGCUAAACCAAACCCUCGCCCUUCUUGUCAGGUUGGAGAUGUCGCAGUGGGAGAGGAAUGCCAACAGUAGAGUUUUCUAGUACCAUUUGUACUGGUCUCACACUGCUCUCGCUCGCAUCGCUCUGGGAUUGCUACGGCCCUGGGGGAGCAGAUGAGAUUGACUCGGCACUUUGGGAAACCUACUUCUGCAUGUUGUGAUGUUCCCGUAAACAGCAGUGUCAAGAGUUUUCUCUUUUUUGAGUCUCAGGACAAGACAAGCAGGAGGAUAUGUAUUUCUCCUCUGCCCAUCAUUGAUAAUGAAGUCUUCUGACUUACCUAGCUUCUGCGGUCUGAUGCUUAGCCGUGGUGUCUGCCUGUAGCACGUGGGACUACCAGAGGUCUCCCAUAGGAGAUACGCAUCAUUAUACAGGACUAGAUCUGGUACACUCAGCCCAGGAUGGCAAAGGCACAGGGACCCAGGCUAAUUAUUAAAAAUUAACUUGAGAGAAAUGCAGGACAUUUUCUCUCUUGCCCUGUUUACUUACCCUCCCUGCUUUGCUAUGGAAGCGGUACAGACUGGAAUGAGUUUCAGGCACUUUCUCCCCACCACUGUCACUGAGGCAAUGGGUAUAAGAAAAAAGGUUUCGCUGAAGCAAAGCUGUGUUUUUCCCAGGAAAACGUGAUAAUGGUAGCAUGGGAACUAAAGGAUACUGUGAGUUUCUUCCCCUCCCUUAGUAGGUCAAGCGUGUGGCAUUGCUCAGAGACAGAUUUUCAGGCAGCAGAGAGGAAGCAGCAUGCUGGAGGUGAUGCUCAGGACCGAAUCCCUUUCUCCCUUCCUCAACAGGCUGCAAACCCAGGUAAUGUCUGUUUGCAGUGUAUAGUGCCCCUGUGUCCCCCUGAAGAGAAGCAAGCCUCUCCAACACUGAAUAUCUUCAGAAACAAGCUUCCUUCUUCCUCCUUUUCUAUUUGGUGUUUGAAUGCCAGUGAUGGGUCUCAUGUGCUACCCAUGAGCAGCCAGGUGGUACCUGAUGCAUGUGAGAGAGGAGGGUAGGGGGACCAAAGGGUGUGUUUAACAGGCUUCUUGGUGCUAAACAAGAUUGCAAUCCCUUGGUGCUAAAUCAGAUUUCAGGAGUAUUGGGUGCUUUCUGGAAGAUGUAGUAGGCUGAGUUGUAAUGUACUGUGGAAUUAAUGGUGCUUUAUGUUACAAAACCAAACUCCAAGAACUUUUGUAUAUGUAAUUUUUUUUUCAGUGGUAUUAAACUUUUUUCCCUGGUUGUUUUGCACUUAGAUCUGCUUUUCCCUCCCAACCUAUUCCUUCUAGCUCUGGUUAUCACUGAAUAGUGUGAUGGAAAAGACACUGAUUUGAAAGAGACAGGUACAAAGCCUAACUCAGCUCUGAAACUUUCCUGGGCAACCCUUAGCAAUCUUCUGUUUACUUUGAGGAGAACCGUUACCUUAAAGAUAUUCACUGCUUGAACACUUCUAAUUAUGACAACCAUCUCCUUUUUGCUGGGAAAGCUUUAAGCAAAUUCAAGAAAGGAUUCUCUAGAAAUUACCAAAAAUCAGGGCAAUACAAUGGGUUGUAAGAUUAGGCUUCAAGUUCUCUUAAGGGGAAUCAAACCCUUU